UCUCUCUCUCUCUCUCUGCUUCUUCAGCUCAGUGCCCUGCUCUCUCUCUCUGUCCCGUCUAUGUGUCCGUACAAAUGCCGGAAGAAUGACUGCUUGGAUUGAGGGAACAAUGGCGUUUAACGAGUUAGUGCGCAAUCUCGGAGGCGAUCACCCGCAGGUGGUGCCGAUCACGGUGCUCGUAGCGAUCCUGUGCCUCUGCUUGGUCAUCGGCCACCUGCUCGAGGAGAACCGAUGGGUUAACGAGUCCAUCACCGCCAUCUUGGUGGGAUGCCUUAGUGGAAUACUGAUCCUGUUAGGGAGCAAGGGAAAAAGCUCUCACAUACUAAGAUUUAAUGAGGAACUAUUCUUCAUGUAUCUCCUUCCACCUAUAAUAUUUAAUGCCGGAUUUCAAGUCAAGAAGAAGCAGUUCUUCCAGAAUUUCUUCACGAUUAUGCUUUUUGGCGUGGUUGGUGUUUUUAUUUCUGUCUUCGUUAUCACAGCUGGUAGCUGGUGGCUUUUCCCAAAACUAAGCUUUGAUGGACUGACAGUGCGGGAUUAUCUGGCCAUUGGCACCAUCUUUUCUUCAACUGAUACAGUGUGCACGCUGCAGGUUCUCCACCAAGAUGAGACACCUCUGCUGUACAGCCUAGUUUUUGGAGAAGGAGUGGUGAAUGAUGCAACAUCUGUUGUUUUGUUCAAUGCUGUUCAAAAGCUUGAUGUUUCCAGACUUGACAGCCAGACAGCUCUUCAUAUCAUUGGAGACUUUUGCUACUUGUUCUCCACUAGCACUGCUCUAGGAAUUGCAACUGGACUUUUGACAUCGUAUUUUCUGAAAACCUUAUACUUUGGAAGACAUUCCAGUGUCAGGGAGAUUGCGCUGAUGGUCCUGAUGGCAUAUUUAUCCUACAUGUUGGCUGAGUUGCUGGAGUUAAGCGGAAUUCUCACUGUUUUCUUCUGUGGGAUUCUCAUGUCGCACUAUGCAUGGCAUAAUGUGACUGAGCAUUCAAGAGUCACAACCAGGCAUGUCUUUUCAAUGAUGUCGUUCGUUGCAGAAACAUUCAUCUUUCUUUAUGUUGGAAUGGAUGCUCUUGACCUUGAGAAGUGGAAGAUGUCGACGUUAAGUUUCGGGACUUCCAUUGGCAUUUACGGCAUCAUAAUCUUCUUGAUACUACUUGGUCGUGCUGCUUUCGUUUUCCCCUCUGUCUUUUCCAAUUACAUCAAUAGACGUGCUGACAGGCUGUCCUCAAUCACUUUCAAACAUCAGGUCAUAAUUUGGUGGGCUGGGCUCAUGCGAGGUGCGGUUUCUAUUGCAUUAGCUUUUAAACAGUUUACGCACUCAGGAGUUACGUGGGAUGGAGUAAAUGCGACGAUGAUAACGAAUACAAACAUAGUUGUGCUCUUCACGACACUGGUUUUUGGUUUCCUGACAAAGCCACUGAUACGCCACCUGCUUCCGCAUGGAGGAGCCAACAAUCGGCUAUCUCGGGAACCCACAAUCUCGAAGGACGACCAGACACUGCCUCUGCUGUCUACGCAGGAGUCCGCAACCACCAACCUCCUCCGCGCUAAAGACAGCCUCUCCAUGUUGAUAGAGAGACCGGUUCACACCAUUCACUCAUACUGGAGGAAGUUCGAUGAUACCUACAUGAGGCCCAUCUUUGGAGGGUCCAACAGCAACCGGUAGCUGUAGUCCGCUCUACAUGGGAAAGAGUAGGUCACUCGAGCCAUGAUAAGAAUAGGCUGAGGCUGCGUUACAUGCUGUUGGCUGAAGCUAUGAUACUCGGCUGGGUACAGUUUGGAGCUGUUCAAGCCGGCUUCAACGGUGAGGACUCUUAAAAGUAUGUUAGACUACUAAUAUCUUCAGUGUGUGGAUCCCACAGCUAUUUGGUCCAGCCAAAUGCUAUGCAAAGUCAGAGCUGCUCUAACAAGAUCUAGGAAAAUGUACGGCUGAAGAAGUCGCAGUCAGUAACGCUCUGUGGAUACUUUUUAUCUGUUCGUUUGGUUUUGCUGUUUUUUGUUCGGACUAGUUAGCGUAUCUUCACCAAUGUAAUUAUUCCAUGUUACUGGAUAUGGACUUGGAGUCUGAGCUAAUCACAUUCAAGAGCUUUAGCAAGAACAAUUUUGCAAAA